UGUGACCAGUGGGAUCAGAUUCAAUGGCAGAAAAUAAUUACCGUUGUGUAUCUCUGGCAAAAAUAAGGUGCGCAAUUUACAGAUAUGUUUUUUUGCAGGAAUUUUGGAAGCAUGGGUGAUGCGGCAGAUAGAAGGCUCUCUGGAUAGAUUAUGUUUCUAAGUGCGCCAGGUGCCUUGCGCAUCUUAGUUGGCGUCACUAACAAUAGUCCACUGGUCCUACUUCUAGCCGAAAACGUUGGAAAGGUCUCACCAUACGCGCUCUGACCGCAGCACAGCGCCGCUGGUCUUCGCUUUCAGCGCACCUGCACAUCCAACCAUGGAUGGGGACUUUAUGUUAACGAGAGGAUAGUUAAGAACGCAAUUAUUAAAAUCCUGCAGAAAUUUCAGUCGUUGACUGCUGUGGUGGUAGCAUAGCAACAACACGCAAGAAUCAGAGAAACAUCAGCAAUCUCACGCUGCCUUGCAAGCUCAAAACUCUCCGUUAGAAACUCGGCGCGCUGCUCGCUGAAAAGACACUCCCUGGAGAGGAGCGCGAGUACGCCGAAUAAAAGGGAUACGCUAUUCUCCCAGAUGCAGGUUGACUUGGAAAAGCUUGGGCCUCGAUGAAAACUACAGCGCCUAGUGACUGUGACUGGUUGUCCUUGCUGAAGAAGAUCGCUAAACCUUUGCCAAAAUGGAAUUACAUGGAAUUAACAGAGUUUCCUUUUACGACAUGAGAUAUCCGGGCCCAGGAAUCGAAACUUUAUUUGAGUGUUUUUAAGAUGUGGUUGUUUUUGCCUGUCUUCUAUGGAUGAGUGAGUGAGCCGUCCGUCCAUCCGUUGCGUCCCAACCAUGAUCGCCACCGGAGGCCUGCUGCGGAUCAACAGGAGGCAGGACUCACUGCGCUCCAAGAGCCGUGCCGAGAACAAGCGCAAGAGGAAAGCCAAGAAGAAGCAGAAGAACGAGGUGGUGGUGGUCAAGGGCAAGCUGAAUCUCUGCUCCGUCUCGGGUGUGGUAGCGGCCAUUGGGAUUCUGAUCCUACUGGUGGGCAUUUCCAUGGCCAUACUGGGCUACUGGCCUAGGGAGAGCCCACCAUACCCUGCGCCGCGCCAUACCCAAAGGAUUUACGACAAGAAGGAAGAGUCAGGGCUGACAGGCAACUGGACGGACAACGCAAAGGUCGGAUUUCACAUGGAUAGGGAUUUGGACAGUAACAAUCGUUCCAACGGCACAGGUUUAGAGCAGCCUCCUAUGGGCUUCCUGGCCGAGUUCUUGGAUAAGUACCUGUACUCAGACAAGCUGAAGGUGUUCGGGCCCCUCAUCAUGGGCAUUGGCAUCUUUCUGUUCAUCUGCGCCAACGCGGUGCUGCACGAGAACCGCGACAAGAAGACCAAAGUCAUCAACCUGAGGGACAUCUACUCCACAGUCAUCGACAUCCACAGCUUGCGGACUAAGGAGAACAUGCCGCUCAAUGGCUUUGUGAACUAUGUGCAGUCCAAAGGGGUGGAAGGGAACCCUAGUGCUGUGUAUACCGCCGCCCUGCUGGCCAAAGGAACAUGGCCCUCAGGGGGCUCGCCGGAUGAGGGCAGUCGGGGCCCCUCCAGAUGCCACUCCCUGACCAGGUCAAGGGUCUUGUCACUCGAGAGGCAGACGUUCACCGACACAGUCUACACUAUCUCCAGACACAGCGGGACUGGCCAGCAGAGCAGCCCUAUUCCCAUCCCCAAACAGUGGGAGACCAAGACAAUAGUGGCCUCCUCGGUCAACGCCUUCACUCUCCCCAUGACCAAACCCAACCACCGGGCCAACCAGCACCAGCGCAGGCCCUCGGCCAAAGCAGAGGCGGGGAGGAGCAGGGCUGCACUGUGCGACUCUGGGGAGGAAGACGACGAGGAUCGGGUGGGGUACGUAGUUCCAGAAACCACCACUCAGGCCAAGGUAGAGACUUUGCGGAUGGCCAUGUUCUUGCCUCAAGACUCGGUAGAAGUAUACAAGAGCAGUGGUAGCCUCCAGGGGGCGCCGCAGGGCUCCCAGGUGCAGCUACUCCCCUCUUCCCCCACCGGACACAGAGUGACAGGCUCCCACCUGUCCCUCAGUGCACUGACGGAAUACUCCAGGUCCAUCGACCUGGGCAUCACUCCAUCCACCUCCACCGAUUGGAAGGUGGAACGGUCUCGGCGACUCAGCUGCCCUCGUCUAGAGGCACUGGGAGGCGGUGGGUACAUCAAACUGGGCAACCUAGGGGGGGAGUCCUUUGAGUCAAGGGAGUCAUGUGAGAUGACUGCCUUCAGCCAAGUGACCUCAGAGGAGGCUCUGGCUAAGUGUCAGAGGGAAGGAGGAGGAGCCAAUGAACAGGAGAUCAGUUCCGGGGAACCACAUGACAGGGGCUCAAGGCGAUACUCCAACAAAGAUAAACUUUUUAUGAUCUCUCAGUCAGACUCCGUUUUGGAUGAUGAGGAGGUGGAGAGCACAGACAUAUGAUUGGACGAUUGCUGAUUAGAUAAUUGCUGAUUGGCGGAUUACUGAUUGGCGUAAUGAGUUUACUUGAACAAAAUGAACACGGGAUAACUGGCAGGGUGUUGGUCAAAGACACCUGACAACAGACUCAAGCAAUUAUGACUAUUACAACAAACUGUAUAGGAUGUGAAAUCUAGAGUAUCUUGCUGUUCGCUGCAAAUGCAAUUAUCGAUAUGUGACCAAAAAACCGAACAUGGUCUUUGGUGGGCUAUGAAAAGUGAAGACUGUGUGUGUGAGUAGUAUUUUGUCAAGCGUGUGUUUGUGUAGGUUGGAAGCAUCGCAUCCAACAGAAAGAGUUUCACAGCAAAAAGAUAACAUUAACCAAAAAGGGCCCGUUUUUAAAUGGUGACUGUACAGAUACUGUACCAUCCACUUGAUGUAAUAGUUUAUAUAAUGUGUAGAAAUAUAAUUGUGGCUGUUCCACCCACUGUCUCUACUGAUGCUGUAGUAGUAUAUUGAUUGAGAGUUGCUUUCUCAACAGCAUGUAUUUUAUACUGCAAUGUCCUUACACAGUUUUUGUCAGUUGCCAGAGGAAGGUUUGAAUUCAAACUUUAAUAGCAAUACAUAAUUGACCAUCUCUGUUUGCUUGUGGGUAAUCACAGUGUUGGCAUAUUUGCCUGUCUCUUAAAUUCUCUGAACAAGACAUAUGUUAUUGUUUAGUUUUUUAGAACUGUUUUGACUUGCUUGUUAAGGAAUCUAUAUCUUUGCCAUCUCUAUUGCCUGAGGGAAACUGAAAACCACACACUGACUAGCACAAUUCACAGCAGAGCACUUGUAUCUCGGUACAAGUAGCCUAACUACCUUACCACAAGUAACCAUCCGUGUAGAAAACAAAUAUCAAAUCAAUGUUAUCCUGUGCAAAAGCAGCUGGGUUGUUUUUGUAGUUGGUUGUUGUUCAAUGACAAACCUGCAGUAUGUAUUGUAUUCCAAUUGUUGCUGGUAACCAUGGUCAUCCUAUGGGCCAAUCAGUCUUCAAAUAAACAUACAAAGCUG